AUGGGAUCCAUCGAACCUGCCCCGAUACCUCUGAAGGUGAUCAUCGUCGGCGCAGGCCUUGGCGGAUGUGCCACAGCGUUGGCUCUCAGUGCUGCCGGGUUCUCGGUCACCAUGUACGAGAAAGUCCGGAAGUUCGACCGUCUGGGCGACAGUUUGGGCCUAGGCGAGAACGCGCUGAAGCUUUUGGAUCGAUGGUCGCCCGGACUACGGGAAGACCUAGUCGAGAUCGGCAACAAGUCGAAGUACAUGCAGAUCAGGCGAUGGCAUGAUGGCAAACUACUGGCUCAACAGGAGCUGAUGGACAUGGCGGGCUUCAUUGGGCAUAGAGGCGACUAUCACGACGCCUUUUUGCGGGCUGUGAAGAGGGCGGGUGUGCCGUUGUUCAUGGGGAGGGAGGUUGUCAGCUAUGAUGAUGUUGCGAAGCCGAGGAUACACUUCGCAGAUGGGACGGUUGAAGAGGCGGAUGUGAUUGUUGCUGCGGACGGUAUAAAGAGCGCUGCCAGAGAGAGGGUUUUGGGAUUCACUGAUAAACCGAAGUCUUCGGGAUAUGCGUGCUUCCGCGCCUUCUUCAAAGCCGACCACCUACGCGAUGACCCCAAAAUCACCUCUCCCUACGUGAAAGAGGAGUGUGUCAACUUUUGGAUUGGCAACGACGUCCACGUAGUUCAGAACACCCUUCGCGGUGGAGAAGAAUUCAACUGGAUCCUGACCCACAAGGAUACCGAGGACAUCAAGGAAAGCUGGUUCCAGCCGGGCGAUAUGAAUCAAGUCCGCUCCAUCAUCGAAGAUCUCGAUCCCGAGAUAGCGCCCAUCCUCGCAAAUACAGAGAAGUGCCUCGACUGGAAGAUCUGCUACCGCGAUCCCAUACCCUACUGGGUCAGUAAGGGCAACGGCAUUGUCCUCCUAGGCGACUGCUGCCAUCCGCACCUACCCACGUCCGCUCAGGGAGCGAGCCAGGCCACAGAGUCUGGAGCCGUGCUUGCACAAUGCUUGCUCCUGGCUGGCAAAGACAAUGUCCCACUUGCUACACGGACCUACGAAAAGAUUCGCUUCCCUCGCGUACGCGUCUCUCAGACAAAUGGCGAGGAUGUGCGUGACCGAUGGCACAGCGCGCUGAGGAGGCUGGAUGCAGGGGCAGAGUUAAAAGAAGAGGACUUUCACAUGAGGAACAGACAUCUCUAUGAUUACGAUGCGGAGGCCGACACACAUAAGCAGUGGGAUACACUGUCGAGCCAGGUCUCACGAGAAUUGAAGGAGGGAAAGGUCUCGCCAUUAUGCUAA